CAGGACACAGUCUUUGCUGAAGCUUCCCUGAAGAUGAUCCCCCAGCUCUUGCUGAUAACUCCUUGAAUUAUAUAGAGAGUUGCAUCAGCUGGGGUGGUAGGUAGAAGAUGGCAUUAAGAGGAAGGUUUCCAAGAGUCUUCUUCAUCAGGGUGGUUCUGAUCUUUGUCCUCCACAUUGCUCUUUUGUUUUUUAUCAAGAGAAUUAGCCACAUACUGAAGAUGGGCAUAUCUGAACCCUUUAAGAAUCCCUUGCUUGCUUCUUCAUGGGCCAUUACAAAGAAGGAAGAUUUUGAAGUUCUGGAUGACUCUAUGAAAGAGGUCAUAAGACUAAUCAAAAUGAAGCAGGCACAAGUACCAAAGAAUCUCAAGGAUGAAGAGAAGAAUGGCCCAAGAACUUGGAAAUUCAAGGAUGGAAAUAAGGCAAAGGACAAAUUUCAGAGGAAAGUCUUUCCUAACUCAGCUCUUUUCAAUCACUGGGGCAAUGACUUGACUGAGAACCAGCAGAUUGAGGCCCAGAGUCUCUUCCUCGAGUUCGGUUACAAUGUUUAUCUCAGCAAUCAGCUACCCCUCAAUCGGUCCAUUCCAGACACUCGAAGUUCCAGAUGUCUUAAAAAGGAAUAUCCUGCUCAGCUUCCAACUGUCAGUGUCAUUCUCACAAUUAUGAAUGAUGCAAUUUCAACUAUCCAACGUGCCAUAACCAGCAUCAUUUACCGGACUCCUCCUCACCUGUUAAAGCAACUCAUCCUGGUCGAUGACUUUAGCCCAAAUGAAGAACUGAAGGAAUAUUUGGAAAAACAAAUCGAGAUCUAUGACUUAAAAUACCCCAGACUUCUGACACUGAUACGCCACAACAAGAGAGAAGGCAUAGCUACUGCUUGGUUUUCUGGCUGGCAAGCUGCCACAGCAGAUGUGGUUAUCCUUUUGGAUGCUCACAUUGAAGUGAACAUUGGAUGGGCAGAGCCCAUCUUAUCUCGGAUCCAGGAAGACCAAACAGUGGUCCUGUCACCCAUGCUUGACAAAAUUCAUUUUGAUACCUUGAAUGUGGAAGAGAAUGCAUUAGCUGCUUUGGGAUUUGACUGGGCUCUCUGGAAUCAUUAUGAUCCUUUGCCAAAAGAUUGGUAUAACUUGAAAGAUGACUCUGCACCAGUAAAGAGUCCUUCCAUUAUGGGACACUUUGCUGCAGACAGACUCUUCUUAGGAGAGAUUGGAUCCCUGGACAUGGGAAUGAAAGCAUAUGAAGGAGAAAGCGUGGAGCUGGGUGUGAGGGUGUGGCAGUGUGGGGGCAAGAUCGAGGUCUUACCCUGCUCCCGGGUUGCUCAUCUUGAGCAAGCGCACAAACCAUAUGUCCCCAAUGUGAGGUUAGCAAUGAAGCGCAAUGCUCUUCGUAUUGCUGAAAUUUGGAUGGAUGAAUACAAACCUAUGGUCUAUUACUCAUGGAAUCUGCCAAUGAAGAACCAUGGAAUAGAUUAUGGAGAUGUGUCUUCCAGAAAGAAACUCCGAAAGAAAUUGAAAUGUAAAAGUUUUGACUGGUACCUCAGAAAUGUUUAUCCAGAUCUGAAGCCAUUUCAAAACAUUUCUGCCUAUGGAACAAUGAAAAACUCUUUGAAUGAGAAGUUCUGCCUUGACCAUGGGCCUAUCAUAGCAGAUGCACCAAUCAUGUCUAUGUGUAAUGGCAACCAUACACAGACUGUGCUUUAUUUUCUGUCUGGAGAAUUGCAUGUGGGAAUGUUAAAUCCUAAUUUCAGAUUGGGUGAUCAUUGCUUGAUCGACUCUAAUCAAAGUCAAGAACUGGCUUUCAAGCCAUGCUUUCAGGCAGCUGCAAACGGAUGGCACAUGUAUUGGGAUUUUAAACAGCUGUGAAAAAGUGGGAUUGCUUUGAUCUGACUCUGCUCAGCACUCUGACUACUAUUGCUCCACCUAACUUUUUCAAAUUGAGAAAAGGAUUACCAAUGAAGAAGCUGUUAUCCCUUUGGCACGCAUAUUCUCUCUAUAUAGUUUUUUAUAAUCAUACCGAAUUAAGCCUACUCUUCCCUUUUUAAUUAAUUUUUCUCAAUGAUCAAAUAUCCUCUUUCUCAAAAAUCCACUCAUACCUUCAACCAAAAAAAGAAAGAAAGAAAAAUAAGUCCCUCUUAUAAACAUGUAUAAUCAAGCAAAAAAAAAUUUCCAUUAUUAUUGGUCAUGUAAGACAAUAAAAGAACCUUAUUCUGUACUCUGAAUCUUUCACCUCUCUGUCAGGAGGUGAGGAUAGGUUUCAACAUUAGUCCUCUGAAGUGGUUGGUCAUGCCACUGGUCAAAGUUCCUAAUUCUUCCAAAGCUGUUUGUCUUUACAAUGUAAUUAUUGUAUAAAUUGCUCUCCUUGUUCUUCUUUCUUCA